AUGGAGCGUUUCCCUCUAAAAGCAACUAAAAUGGCAGCUACAUAUCAAUCUGUCUAUAAAAAGGGUACUAGUCAGGGAAACGGCCACGGGGAUCCAAGUGGAGAAGAUGACAUGGUGAACAUUAAUACAGGGUCGCAGCGCGCGGCCGAUACUCCCACUACUCCCACUAGCCACGGUACCUUCCAGUUAUAUGAACAUGGCACGAGGUACAGCGACGCGAGUGCUACAUCAUACAUCGCUCAAUACUUCAGUUCGUCGUCCGGGGACGCCGUGAUGUUCUCUGGGCUGCCAGGUGAAGCAGAUGAUAUUCCUGGUAUCGGUCAGUAUGAAGAUUUUCACACGAUUGACUGGCAAAGAGAUAUUGCCAGAGACCGUAUGCGCCAUAGGUACAUAGUCAAAAAGAGGCAGGACUCCAUAUGGGAUCUUAUAAAAGGAGCUCACGAUGCUUGGUCAGGAUGGGUGUGCGUUCUUCUAGUGGGUAUUUGCACUGGCGUGGUAGCUGGUGUGAUAGACAUUGGCGCAUCAUGGAUGACAGACCUCAAGUUUGGCAUCUGCCCACAAGCCUUCUGGUUCAACAGGGAACAAUGCUGUUGGUCCAAUGAUGAAAUCACUUUUGAUCGCGAGAAUUGUUCAGAGUGGUUGACGUGGCCGCAAGUAUUUGGCGAAUCAAGGGAUGGUCCCGGCGCUUAUAUUAUCAGCUAUUUAUUCUACAUUGUGUGGGCGUUGACUUUUGCGGCUCUGUCGGCUUCACUAGUGCGAAUGUUUGCGCCCUAUGCUUGUGGAUCUGGUAUACCUGAGAUCAAAACAAUCUUGAGCGGUUUCAUCAUUCGUGGAUACUUGGGAAAGUGGACGUUGAUCAUAAAGUCAGUGGGUUUGAUCCUCUCCGUGUCUUCGGGGUUAUCUCUUGGCAAAGAAGGACCUAUGGUUCAUAUUGCUUGUUGUUUGGGUAAUAUAUUGUCGUACUUGUUCCCAAAGUACGGACGCAAUGAAGCCAAGAAGCGCGAGAUUUUAUCAGCGGCUGCGGCGGCUGGAGUCUCUGUCGCUUUUGGAGCUCCCAUUGGUGGUGUGCUUUUCAGUCUUGAAGAGGUGUCGUACUACUUCCCAUUGAAGACCCUUUGGCGAUCCUUCUUCUGUGCGUUGAUAGCGGCAUUUAUUCUUCGUUCUAUAAAUCCAUUUGGCAAUGAGCACUUGGUACUUUUCUACGUGGAGUACAAUAAACCUUGGAAAUUCUUUGAGCUGAUUCCUUUUAUCGGUCUUGGUAUAAUUGGAGGUUGCAUAGCAACUAUAUUUAUCAAAGCGAACAUCUAUUGGUGUCGUUACCGUAAAUACUCGAAGUUGGGCCAGUACCCGGUCAUGGAGGUUUUGGUUGUCACCUUAGUCACUGCUAUAAUAGCCUACCCCAACCCUUACACUCGUAUGAACACCAGCCAGUUGAUUUACCUGCUCUUCAAUCAAUGCGGUAUCUCCAAUAGUCCACUAUGCGACUACAAGCGCAACUUUACGGACCUCAACACAAUAGAGAACGCGGUGGCAGGUGACGGGGUAUAUCGGGCCAUGUGGCUCCUCACUCUGGCGCUGAUCCUCAAACUAGUGAUGACAGUCUUCACCUUCGGCAUCAAGGUGCCUUGCGGUCUCUUCAUACCGAGUCUCGCACUCGGUGCUAUUCCUGGAAGGAUCGUUGGAAUCGGUGUGGAACAGCUCGCAAACAAGUACCCAAAGAGUUGGUUGUUUUCUGGGGAAUGUUCGAGUGACGACGACUGCAUCACGCCGGGGCUUUACGCCAUGGUGGGGGCUGCGGCUGUACUCGGCGGUGUGACGAGGAUGACAGUUUCGUUGGUGGUGAUAAUGUUCGAACUGACGGGUGGCGUUCGGUAUAUCGUGCCCCUGAUGGCUGCCGCUAUGGCCUCGAAGUGGGUGGGAGAUGCCCUGGGCAAACAAGGGAUAUACGACGCCCACAUAGCUCUUAAUGGGUAUCCCUUCCUCGAUAGCAAAGACGAGUUCCAGCAUACCUCGCUCGCCGCUGAUGUCAUGCAACCAAAACGAAACGAGACGCUGUCCGUAAUCACACAGGAUUCGAUGACAGUGGAUGAUGUGGAAACUCUCCUAAAAGAAACAGAACACAACGGAUAUCCGGUUGUGGUGUCUAAGGAAUCUCAAUAUCUUGUCGGAUUCGUUCUUAGGAGAGAUCUUAACCUAGCCAUUGCGAACGCACGUCGCACCAUAGAGGGUAUAACGGGUCAAUCCGUGGUGAUAUUCGCUGUGGGGGGCGGCCCCACGCUUGCGAACCCCACCGGGCCGCCGCCUUUGCCCCUGGCCCGUAUUCUCGAUCUGGCCCCGAUCACGGUCACUGAUCAAACACCAAUGGAGACCGUGGUGGAUAUGUUCCGUAAACUCGGCCUCAGGCAGACACUUGUCACGCACAACGGGCGUUUACUCGGCGUCAUCACGAAAAAGGACGUUUUAAGGCACGUGAAGCAAAUGGACAAUGAAGAUCCCAACUCUGUUCUUUUCAAUUAG